AGGAAAGCUCAUUUGGGACUUACUAUUUAUUCCAGUCCUUCCAGUCUUUUUCCCAGAGCCUACUCCAGCGAGCAGCCAUUCGCUUCCUGAAGCCCUCUAUGGGUCAUGACACCACAUACUGUGGGAAACUUCAUCCACAACGCUGGCUUCACCAACUGCUCCAGAGAUCCAAGGAGACACACGCUGAAUUCUCCGGCUGCACUCUCCAGCGGCUUAGGCUGUGA